AUGUCUUUGGAGGAGAUGAAAGAUCUCCACCUGGAGGAGAAAUACCUGCAACCGGAAACCAAGGAAGUGAAUGGAAUCCUCAUGACCAAGAUGAUAAGCGAUAACUGGGACAAAAUCUGGAAUUUUCAAGCCAAGCCUGAUGACCUUCUCAUUGCAACCUACGCAAAGGCAGGUACCACCUGGACCCAGGAGAUAGUGGACAUGAUCCAGAAUGACGGAGAUUUGCAGAAGUGUCAGCGGGCCAACACCUUUGACCGGCACCCUUUCAUUGAGUGGGCGCUCCCCCCGCCCCUCAGCUCAGGUCUGGAUCUCGCCAACAAGAUGCCUUCUCCGAGGACUCUGAAGACGCACCUGCCGGUUCAGAUGCUCCCACCUUCCUUCUGGAAAGAGAACACAAAGAUCAUCUAUGUGGCCAGGAACGCCAAGGACUGCCUGGUAUCCUACUACCAUUUCUCAAGAAUGAAUAAGAUGGUGCCAGACCCUGGCUCCUGGGAGGAGUAUAUCGAGACCUUCAAAGCUGGGAAAGUGCUGUGGGGCUCCUGGUACGACCACGUGAAGGGCUGGUGGCACGCCAAGGACCAGCAUCGCAUCCUCUACCUCUUCUACGAGGACAUGAAGGAGGAUCCAAAGCGGGAAAUUCAGAAGAUCCUGAAGUUCCUGGAAAAAGAGGUGUCGGAGGAAGUUCUGGACAAAAUCAUCCAUCACACGUCCUUUGAGGUCAUGAAGGAGAACCCGAUGGCCAACUACACCACGCUGCCCACCAGCAUCAUGGACCACUCCAUCUCCCCGUUCAUGAGGCGAGGAAUGCCUGGGGACUGGAAGAACUACUUCACCGUGGCUCAGAACGAGGACUUUGACAAGGACUACGAGAGGAAGAUGGCUGGGAGCACCCUGACCUUCCGCACGGCCCUCUGAGUCUCAGGGCCCAGCGAGGCCUCCUCACUGACUUUAGACAUGUGAGCCUCACCAUCAGGAUGCCGAAAAAAAUGACUCCCUCGCUUUCAUCCUGAGCUUUGCACACUGUCUGUAGAACCCAUGUCCUAAGAUACUCAAAAUACAAUCAAACCCUGAGUAGUAAGUUUAAAGUUAAAUCGCUCGGUAGUUCACAGAGGCCCAGCCAUGUGAGGAGCUGGAGCAAAGUGAACGCACGACUUAAUCCCAACAUUAGAGCACACCACCUGGUGAGUUUCCCGGGGUCAAGGCUAGAGGAAAGAGAGAAAAGGGUCAGCCCAGACCUUCAACACAAGAGAGAUGCAAAGAGAUGAGGAGAGGGCCCUGGAGAAUGCAAGAGGGACCAGGUCUUAUCCCCUGAGGUCCCGAGCGAGAGACAGAGAGGGCCUCACUCACAGAGACCCCAGGCCUCGAGGCUCAGGGCCUGGAGGGGUGGGGGGAGCGGGGUCUGAGGCUCAGACUGAGACACGGAUGGUCUCAAGUCCAGGAACCAAACCAUAGGAUCUCGGGGCAAAUAUAGGCCAGAAAGCCAAGGAGGUUUUAUUAAUAUAUUCCAGGUAGAUUUUUUGGAGAGAUAGGAAAGAAGCC